GUGGAAUCAUCCAUUAUUUUCCUGCUGUUGUGACACGACCCGUGUAUUCUGAGGUCUCAACAGUCGCCAGAUUUGCCUCCUGGGCUUGUCGGCGGAGGUAGUCAGCCAUGGCGGACACUGCUGUGAAGCGGUCCGAGGAAGAAAGUAACCUGCUUGAUUUUGACACCGCAGCAGUCGCUGCUGUUACGACGGAGGAGGGCGUUAUUGAGCCGCUUCCCGAUUUCGUGGAGAAGGCGUUGAUUAAUUCGCGGGGCGUGUAUGACUCCAUGUACAAGCGGUCGUUGGACGAGCCCGAGGCCUUCUGGUCCGAAGUCGCGAGUCACUUCCACUGGAACAAGAAAUGGGAGACAUUCCACUCGUACAAUUUCGACACGCGCAAGGGUCCGGUCGACAUCAAGUGGUUCGUGGGCGGCGAGACGAACCUGUGCUACAAUGCCGUGGACCGCCACGUGGCGGCCGGCAAGGGCAACAAGGUGGCCCUGAUUUGGGAAGGCAACGACCUUGGCGUGCAGGGCCAGUGGACGUACUCCCAGCUGCUGUCGCAGGUGUGCAAGAUCGCUAACUACCUGAAGAGCGUGGGAGUCAAGCGCGGCGACACCGUCAGCAUCUAUCUCCCUAUGGUGCCGGAGCUGCCAGCAGCGAUGCUGGCGUGCGCGCGCAUAGGCGCGGUGCACUCGGUGGUGUUCGCGGGGUUCAGCGCGGAGUCGCUAGCGGGGCGCCUGGUGGACUCGAGCAGCAGGGUGGUGCUCACCGCCACCGCCGUGCUGCGCGGCACCAAGCUCAUCGCGCUCAAGUCUAUUGUGGACGACGCCAUAGCGCAGUGCCCCGACGACAACCGCCCCACCACGGUGCUCGUGUACGACAACAAGCUCGCCAUCGACCGGUCCAAGGCGUCGUUCGUGGAGGGGCGGGACCGAUGGUGGCAGGACGAGGUGGAGAAGGAGAGCGAAGUGUGCCCGGUGGAGUGGAUGGAGGCGGAGGAGCCGCUGUUUAUGCUGUACACGUCGGGCAGCACGGGCAAGCCCAAGGGCGUGCUGCACACCACGGCGGGCUACAUGCUGGGCGCCGCCACGUCCUUCAAGUACAUCUUCGACCACCACGAGGACGACGUCUACUGGUGCACGGCGGACUGUGGGUGGAUCACGGGGCACACGUACCUGACGUACGGCCCGCUGCUCAACGGCGCCACCGUGCUCGUCUUUGAGGGCGUGCCCACGCACCCCGACCCCGGGCGCUGCUGGGACGUUGUGGACAAGUACAAGGUGACAGUGUUCUACACUGCGCCCACUGCCAUUCGCGCCCUCAUGCGAUGUGGCGACCACUGGCCUGGCAAGUACAGUCUGACGUCGCUUCGUUUGCUGGGCAGUGUGGGCGAGCCCAUCAACCCCGAAGCAUGGCGCUGGUACCACUCCGCCAUUGGCCGUGGGCGCUGCCCCAUUGCAGACACGUGGUGGCAGACAGAGACGGGGUCUAUCAUGAUCACCCCUCUGGCGGGGGCGUGGGCGCUGAAGCCCGGGAGUGCGACGCUGCCCUUCUUUGGCGUGGAGCCCGCUGUGCUGGAUGAGAAUGGCAACGAGCUCGAGGGCCCGUGCAGUGGGUUCCUGUGCAUCAAGCGUGCGUGGCCCAGCAUCAUGCGCACGGUCAAGGGCGACCACGCGCGCUUUGAGGAGGUCUACUUCUCCAUGUUCAAGGGCUACUACUUCACCGGUGAUGGGUGCCGCAGGGAUGAGGACGGCUUCUACUGGGUCACAGGGAGAGUGGAUGACGUCAUCAAUGUCAGUGGUCACCGCAUUGGAACAGCAGAAGUGGAGAGUGCACUCGUGGCACAUGAGUCUUGCGCUGAGGCGGCAGUUGUGGGGUAUGAGCACCCAAUCAAGGGCCAGGGUAUUUAUGCCUUCGUCACGCUCAUGGAAGGGGUGGAGCAAUCGGAGGAGGUGCGCACGGCCCUGAAGUCUGCUGUCCGGCAGGCUAUUGGAGCCUUUGCCACCCCUGACGUCAUUCAUUGGGCACCUGGCCUGCCCAAAACGCGCUCUGGCAAGAUCAUGCGCCGGGUCCUCCGCAAAAUUGCCGCCAACGACCUGGAAACACUUGGUGAUAUAAGCACGCUGGCUGAUCCUUCAGUUGUGCAGCAGUUGAUUGAGUUGAGAGGUGUGUAGUAGUCCUACUGUUUCGACGAGUCACGGGCACCGAUUAAUCAAAACCGCUUCUGGAUUGGUAACUCUGUUAUAAUCAUGUUGGGCUUAGGUUGUUAUAAGUAUACUCCACAGAGUUUACUCAUGCGUUCCUGAUACCGUGACCCCUCGGAUAUAACACCCCGGGUAUAAU